AUGACAGAGAAAGACAAGAAACCCUGUUUCUCCAAAACCAAAGAAACUCAGCCAAAUUCAAGAUUCUACAACUACAUUCUCUUCAUUUUCAUCUCUUUAACCACAUGGUUUCUUGUUCUCUUCCUUUAUCUUCCUCCCGCUGUUCCCACAAACUCCAAACAACAAAACACUCACAGUCUCCACAAAACCAAAAACCUCAACUCCAUAAACAAUGAAAAUUACAGUCACACCCCAUUCUCAGUUUACAUUUACAAUUUACCCCCACAGUUCAACUUCGACCUUCUCAAAAACUGCUCCCACUUGAAUAUCUACAGCAACAUGUGUCCUCACGUAGCAAAUCAAGGCCUCGGCCAGCCACUCCCUGAUAUGGCCACGGACUUAGGCCCGGGCCACGCCCCGUGGUUCGCGACCCACCAGUUCUUAGCGGAGAUGAUCUUCCAUGCACGUAUGGAAAAUCAUCUGUUUCGCACGUGGGAUCCGUCACGUGCUACGCUCUUCUACGUUCCCUUCUACGGUGGGCUUCAUGCGUCUAGUAAAUUCCGUGAGGCGAAUCACACCGUUCGCGACAAGUUAGCUGUCAGAUUACAGGAUUUUCUACGGUCGCAGCCUUGGUGGGACCGGCAUCAAGGGAAGGAUCAUUUCAUGGUUUUAGGGCGAACCUCAUGGGAUUUUAUGAGGACUCCAGGUGGGUCCGACUUUGGAGCCAACUGUCUUCUUAAUCUGCCACGUGUACGGAAAAUGUCGGUGAUGACUGUUGAGAGACACCUGUGGAAGGGCUCGAACCAACACGGCAUCCCUUACCCUUCUUAUUUCCAUCCGUCUACGUCACAACAAAUGCUGACAUGGCAGCAGAAAAUGCGGCGAUUAAGACGGCCCCACUUGUUCACUUUCAUCGGGGCCCCGCGGAAGGGAGUAGAGAAAGCGGCAAUCCGAAACGAGUUGAUACGGCAAUGCGGUGAGUCAACCCGGUGCAGCCUAGUUGCAUGCAAAAACAAUGAAGGUUCAAGCAAGUGUUAUAAACCCAGUGAAGUAAUCAAAGCAAUGAGUAGUUCCGAGUUUUGCCUGCAAGCACCAGGCGACUCGUUCACGCGACGGUCGACGUUCGAUUCGGUGCUCGCCGGUUGCAUUCCGGUGUUCUUUUCGCCUCACACGGCGUAUACGCAGUACGGGUGGUUUCUUCCGGCGGAUGGGGAGGAGUACUCGGUUUAUAUAGACGGAGAGAAGGGGAAUAUGAGAGUGAAAAUUGAAGAAGAGUUGCUGAAGAUACCGAGAGAGAGAGUUGAGAGAAUGAGAAAUAAAGUUAUUGACUUAAUUCCAAGAGUUACGUACAAGCAUCCUAAUGCAAGUGACGACGAUGCCGAGUUUAAAGAUGCUGUUGAUGUUACAAUAGCGGCUUUGCUUUCCAAAAGGCUUAAGAUUAACUUCAGCUAG